UCUCCUCCAUUAACAAUUCUCUCUCUCAUCAAUUCUCCAAACGCACGCGACGUCUCAGAAAAAUUGUCCAGGGAUUUCACUCUCUCUCACAGCGAAUCAACGACCGAAUAUCCUCGACUCUUGUGAUUCUGGUUCGAAUAUGAAGAUUGGUUCAGCUUUUUUGGUAAUCCUGGGCGCGUCGCUCCUGGUAUUUGCCCUAGAAGCGAAAACCCUCGACCCGUACAAGGUGCUCGGGGUUGAGCGAAGUGCAAGUCAACGAGAAAUACAGAAAGCUUUUCACAAGCUAUCUCUCCAAUAUCAUCCUGACAAGAAUAAAAAUAAGGGUGCUCAAGAGAAGUUUGCCGAGAUUAAUAACGCAUAUGAGAUUUUGUCAGAUGAAGAGAAGAGAAAGAAUUAUGAUCUACAUGGCGAUGAGAAGGGUAAUCCUGGAUUCAAUGCUGGAAAUGCUGGGGACCAAGGGGGAUAUACCUACUUCACGAGUGGAGGACCUGGGCAAAGUGGGUUUAGCUUCAGGCCGGAUGAAUGGCAGAAUAUGGGUGGAAGUGGAGGUUCUCAGUCAUUCUCGUUUUCUUUUGGCGGACCAAGUGGCCAACAAUCUUCUGGUUUUGGUUUAGAUGAUAUUUUUUUGAGCUUCUUUGGAGGCGGUAUGGGUAGUGGUAUGGGAGGUGGGGGUAAAUCUGCGGGUUUCAGUAGUUCCAGCAGGUCUCAAUUUGGGUCCAGGAGUGCCCCUAAGAGCAUCCGUGCUGUAAAUUCGCAAGUGUACAAGAAAGAAAUAUCUGAUAAAGGAAUGACUUGGCUUAUAUUAUCUUAUACACCUACAAUGAAGGGGACUCAACAGUUUGAAUCUCUUAUAGAAGAGGUUGCUAACUCAUUGCAAGGAGCUUUACAGGUUGGAAGCAUCAACUGUGAAACUGAGUCAUCUUUUUGCAAGGAGCUGGGUAUACAUCCUCACAGAGAACACAAGAUUUUUGUUUAUUCCUACGUUGCAAGUAACAGUGGCUCCUUGGUAGAGUUUAGGGGAGAUCUGGCUGUGAAAAGUUUGAAAACAUUUUGCCAAGAACAUCUCCCAAGGUUCUCAAAACGUAUCGACUUGAGCCAGUUCGAGUUUGCUUCUGGCACUGGAGAAACGUUAUCUAAAGUGAUGUUGCUCUCAACAAAGAAAGAUACCCCUGUUAUUUGGCGUGUGCUUAGUGGCUUGUAUCACAAACGUGUUGCUUUCUAUGAUGCGCAGGUUCAUGAUGUUUCAUAUCCAAUGGUGAGAAGACUGGGAGUUGACGCGCUUCCCGCUAUUGUUGGUUGGCUAUCAAAUGGGGAGAAGCAAAUUUUGAAAGCAGGGAUUUCCGUGAAAGAUAUGAACUCUGCAGUUCAAGAGCUUAGUGCUUUACUUGAUAGUUUUGAAAAGAAGAAUAAGAAGGCAGCUUCAAGUCAGGCUAAAAAGACACAAGGUGAAUCUGGCAAUAAACAGAUACCCCUACUUGGAGCGUCUAAUUUUGAUGCUCUUUGUGGAGAGACCACUCCUGUUUGUAUCAUUGGUGCUUUUAUGUCGUCCAGAGGGAAAGACAAGCUGCAAAAGAUUUUAUCAGAGGUUUCUCAGAAACCACUAUCAAGGCGUCGGAGUUUGGCCUCCAGUUCCGGAGACUCUAUUUCCCAUGUUCUUUUGGAUGCAUCCAAACAUCCGUCAUUUCUAAACGCACUUGAGAAAUCAGGAUUCAAAUCAUCAGACAAUGUCUUGAUUGCCUACAAACCUCGAAAGGGGAAGUAUGCGGCAUUUGAUGGUGAGAUGAAUGCAGAGGAAGUCGAAAGGUUUGUCGGUUCGGUCCUUAAUGGGGACGUAAAGUUCACCAAGACGCGGCAGAAACCCACAAUCAAGUGAGAAAUUUAGCGGCAUCAAAAUCAGAGUUCCCUUUUUAUUGGAAUUGGAUGUAGAUAGUUGAAAAGCCAGUGCUACUUGCUUGAUCAUCAGUUUCCAGACUUAGUGAAAUUGGCCUGGCUUCAGACUCAUGAGUAUACAUUUUGUUUUGGUUUUUUGGUGGUUGAUAUAACUGUACAAAAUAGGAGGGCCAUUCUGAGGUAUCUAGAGAAUUGAGGGUGGGAAAAUGCUUGACCUAGGAAGAAAUUUCUGUUUAAGAACGUUUCUACCAGUUUUAUACCCUUAAACCAGUCAAUGGUCUCUGUAAGUCUAAAGACCUGUAGACUUUUUGAUGGCUCUUUAUACCUUUUUGCUCUAGUUGAUUGUAGGUAAUAAAAAGAUUAGCGUAUUUGACGGAAUUAUUGAGAUAUUUCAAUGCAUUACUUGAAUUAA